AUGGCCAUCGCGACGUUCCCCAUCGACGAGGCCUAUCUCAUCGGAGACUGGCUAGAGUCGUUCAUGUGGGGUGUAUACACCAUCAUGUUCGUGAUGACCAUGUUCGCCAUCUACAAAAAACGACUCAAGGAGGGCGGCGUUAACAAGUUCACAACAAUCAUGUUAAUCCUCUUAUAUAUCCUUGCCACUGCACACAUCUCACUCUCCUUGACUCGUCUCAUCCAAGGCUUCAUCAAGUUACGCGAUGUAAUCGACCCGGUUGACUACUUCGCGAGCAUCUUCAUUCGACUGAACAUGGCGAAGGACUACCUGUACAUCACAAAUCUGUUUUUGGGAGAUAUGGUCAUUGUCUGGAGGCUAUACGUUGUGUAUGGCAAGAACCCAUACAUAGCUGCCCUCCCUGUUCUUAUGUGUUUCGCCGAGUUGUCGGUCGGAUAUGCGUCUAUCUCCUCGUGGCUUGCCCCCACGCAGAACUUCACCAUCAUGGCCCGGCUCGGGGCGGCGAUGUACAUCAUGUCCCUCGUCGUAAAUGUCCUCCUCACACUCGUCAUCGUCGCCCGCAUCUGGUUCGUAACCAGGCGCACCCGGGAAGUCCUCAGCGUGUCCGGCGGGCAGUACACGCGCGUGCUGCUCCUGCUCAUCGAGUCCGGCGCGUUCAUCGCAGUCGCGAAGAUCUCCGAGUUCGUCCUAUACGAGCUCGAGCCCGACGACGGCCUCUCGGGCAUGAACGCAAUCGAGAUCGUGUUCGAGUGCAUGCCGCAGAUCACGGGCCUCGUGCCGACCUGCAUCAUCUACGCGGUCAUUAACGGCUACACACAUCAGGACAGUGAUUAUUCUGCGAAGUCGAAGUCGUCCAUGGUGGUGUUCGCCACACCCGAGAGAGCUGUGGGUGGCACGGACUCCACGCUGUCUGUGGAGAGGCUUGCGUCUGAUGAGGAAAUGGGGGGCACCCCGCUCGUGAAACAGUAUGAAGAUGAUCAAACUGUCGGAGAGAAGUGCAGGAGCUCACCGGUCAGGCUCGCUGCUUGA